AUGUCUGGCCAUGGUUCUGAACAGUCCUUUGGCGCCCGGAAUUCACAGCCGCCUCCGUUUGGGCGACAAUCGUCCGCCCCGGUCUUCAGCCAAUCCUCGGACGCUGUGUCGAGCUCCUCGCCAUAUGAGGUCUCACCGAUCACUCCUUUCUCUCCCGCUGCGCCGGUCUCGUCCUCCACGUAUUCUCCUUCCCAUCGAUCAGGCCUCGAUUGGCAGACCCGCGAGGCCACCGCAAAUCACCUACUCUCGAGCGGUCAAGCUCUCCCGGAGGAGCGGACCGGCCACCACUCUCCCGAUCCCGACGACUUCUAUCGCCAGCGUGACGAGUUGACAACAGAUUCUCCCCAUGUGACGGGCAAUUUGGGCAAUGCAAGCACGGGCGUCAGUGACGGUAUGGCACCGGCCUAUGGCGACCUGAAUGAUCGGGUGUCCCCACUGCCGGCAAACGCCCUGGAGUCCUCGCGCCAGCGACCAGCACGGCCAGAGUAUCGUUCGGUAUCUGAUUCGCCCACUGUAGGAAUAUCAUUGUUGGGAUCCAAGGGAGCCUCUGCCGCAGCUCCGUCCUUCAAGACACGACAAACCCGACAAUCUUCUUUCAAGGACCUGGUCAACAAAUUCAACAACACCUCAGACCAAGUCCUCCCCUUCCCCUCUGUAUCGCGAACUACUUCACGAACCGCCAGUCCGUCCGGUAGUGCCGACGGCUCAGAACGUUCUCGCUCUCGCGCCUUUUCACGACGCCUUGACCCCAUCGAAUCACCUCCCCACACGCCUCCCCGCAUAUCGACCACGAGCAAUCCCCGACAGCAAGUCGAUUCCACGCCUGCCUCACCGGAGGCAGUGACAUUUGCGUCGGCUUCCCAGAACGCAACAGACACAACGGACGCUGUCCCUCCUCCCCUGUUCCAGCGGAUUCCAAGAUUGCAUCCUCGGCGACCAUUGUUUGGAGAGCUGUUGUCAGUGGAUACGCAAUUGAACAAUCUGGGAUUUAGCUUGCCGGCGCACUUAAAACGUCGCGGCUCCGACGGCAGUCUUCCAAGUCCGAACCCUGCCUUCGUUGAUCAGUCCAAUCCACCAUCCGCACGAUCUCCUCUCACGCCCACUGCGUGGUACCUCGGACAGGCGCCGUCUCUCGAGGCCGUCCAACCGAAGACAAGUAAGACCAGCAGCCAUCGCAGGGUGCGAAGUGACUUGGAAAAAGGUGCGCCGCGCGAACCCCUUGCGGACCCGUGGGAGCCCGAAAUGGCAGUACGAGCGCCCUUGCAGCGGGCGAAGGAUGGCUCAGCAUCGCCUGGAAGCCCUCAUUCCCCGUCCCGCAUUCCUGUCUCCUCGCUCCGCCUCAGCACUGGUUCCGGUCCCAGUAGCCCGACCUCCAAUCCGACCUUUAGCUGCCGAUCGACCGGCAUUCCUCUCGCUCCCAAGGGCACCAGUCGGCUUCCAAAACCGUCGUCUAAAGAUAGCCCGCCCCGCACGACGGCCGAUGGACCCGCUUCGUUUGCGAUGACGGCGCGUGGUCGGCGGGACUUGACGAUUGCCCGAACCCGUAACCAGGCUCAGGUACCCGGACGGAAUCAGCGCCUGCAGGCCUACAUUGCUGCACCACCCCCGAAGAAAUCACCUCCAUUGCGCAGCUCUCGUCCUCGACAGCCUGUUUCACAUGGUGCACCGCCUUCUCCAAGUUCCAAAGUCGGCGAUCGAGUCUCGAGUUUCCAAAGAGCUUCAGAACGUGACACCGAGGCACGAAAUCCCAGCAAUCGACCCCCUCGCCGCUUGCCAGAACUAGGUAACGUCGAUUUUGCGACACGGCGACAGCAAAUUCAACAGGCUAUCAACCGUACAGUUCAAGAAAAUGAGCGGAGAGAGCAAGCUGCAACAGAACUUCGACAUCGCUCCCGAAAGCCAGAAGAACUUCGCGGAGAAGUCCAGUCUCCCCCCGAUGACGAAGCAACAACGCCCAGUACUGCGAUAACCAGUACGUCGGUACCAUCAAAAAUGGCGGCGGCCGUCACAGAGGCGAAUGCGUCUCCACAGGUUUCCGACAAGGAGCUUCAUACGGUUCCGCAGCUGCAUCUGAAUACGGCAAUCUCAAUUCCCGAACAACAUGAACCCCAUACAGCAAUGGACUCUCCGACGUUGGGUGUGCCAGACAACCUCGUUCGAGCAACACCAGCAACUGGAUCGCAGCCUCACGACAACGAUACCCCCAAUUCUGCAGCCACUUCAGACUCCACCGGCACCCAUGUUACGACCUUCGAUCCGGAGCCGCAGUCGGGAUUGUUGGAGCGAAAGCCGAGCCUCUCCCAUCAGACCCUUCUGAACCAGAUCAUGCAAAUCCGCGAAGCUAGCUCUGGAAGUGACACGUGCGACGAACCUGAUUGCAGUAUGUCUGAAGCGGAGGCCGACGACAAAGAGUCGAUUCAGAUCAUGCUUGGCAACACCCACGCCGAGGAUGCGGCAUUGACAUUGCGCCAGGCUGCCCAAGUCCCAAAGCAUCCCGAGGCCAGGUGGAGCAUGAGUUCGUGGUCAUCGUCUCUGCGCAAUCAGCCUUCUACCUGCGGCGAGAGCGGCGAAGAUAGUGUCUUACAGUCUGCUAUCCUCGACCAUGAACCGGAAUCGGCGACUCAAUCUUGCUCUGCGAUGUCUAGCCCAGCGUCGGAUAUUGCUGGUGACUACCCAGUUCAGGAUAUCGGCGUCACGGGUCCAGAGACACUCGAGGCAUCGCAAAACCAACCAAGCCAUGCGUUCUCUACACCACCAAGCCUCGCUCGCCUGGGCCGAUGGGACUCGCGCCGAGCUACCCAGCUUUAUUUGCAGGGGUUGACAAUGAGUCGCAAUAAUACCGUCCAAUUGCCGGUACAACGUACGCUAGAGGCACAUCGGCCUUAUCGACCAGAGCUUCGUGCUGACGGUCGCGUCAACUCUCUGACCGAAGACCCUGUUGUCAUCCCUGGGUACCAGGAAGUUCCUAUUACCGAGCAAGCUUCUCACGCAGCAAGCUUGAGGGGCCCAGAGGAUUGGGAGCAUGCCUCUCCGUCAAUCCUGGAUUGGAUGCAUAUCGCAGCAGAGCAUGAGGCGGUUACCCCUGCUACUGAAGACCUGGGUUUUUCACCCGGCAGUAUGCCGACGCCUCGUAUGGGGCAUACUUCUCAAAUAACUGAGACUGGCGACGCCAAAUCCGGACUGGACUUGUCGCUACAUACUCAUCCUGAGGAAAGUUCUGGGCCAGCGGAACUGUCUGCUGAACCAGCGAAGACUCUCCAUUCAUCGCAGGGGAAUCAGAUCCAUCAUUAUCAUGCGCCAAAUGUGCCGGCAUUGCAGACUACAGAAAGCACUGGAAGCAGUGAAGGUUCUUCCUUGCGCCGUCUGGAGUCCACCCAGUCCCCACACGCCGCCGCUUCUUCGGUCACGUCGCUUGCGCCGUCCGAUCACCGAACCCGACUGGAACCCCGGAAGUCACCCUCGCCUGAACAGAAACGUCUUAAGAAGCGCCGCCAUAUCAUUAAAGAACUGGUUGAUACGGAAUACACCUUCGGACGAGAUAUGAAAGUCGUCGACGAUAUCUACAAGGGGACCGCCGAAUCGUGCUCGGAUCUCACCAAGGACGACAUCAAAAUUCUGUUCGGAAACUCUGAUCAAGUGGUACACUUUUCUUUCGCCUUCCAAGACACCCUGAAGAAGGCCACCCGCAGCAUUUACGUCAUGCCCAAGUCCCAGCGUUGGAGCAGCAAGCGAAGUGCGCAGGACAGUCGCCCCAGUUCCUCUGGAGGUGACGAACUGGCUGCCGCAGAUGUGAGCAAAUCGGAUCUUGAAAAUGAUCGCUCUACCUGCGUGGGCGACGCAUUCAUCAAGCAUAUUGCACACAUGGAAAAGGUGCACGCUACGAACUUGAAGACCCGUGAUGCUGCCAACAAAAAGCUCGAAACCCUCCAGCAGCGGCAGAAUGUCAAUAUCUGGCUCACCGAGUGCCGUUCAUGGGCAGAGGAUCUAACAGAAGCCUGGGAUCUGGGAUCGCUGCUCGUGAAGCCUUUCCAGCGAGUGCUGAAGUAUCCUCUUCUCCUCACCGCGCUCCUGGAGGCAACUCCAACCGAUCAUCCCGACCAUGCCAACCUUUCUAUUGCACUACAGAAGACCAAUGAAAUGACAGAACGACUCAAUAAGUUGAAAGGCCGCGUGGAAACUUUCGAUCAGUCACUUGGCCGUGGCCGCAAGGAGUCCGACGUACGCGCAAACCUCUCCAAGGCCUUCGGUCGUCGCACGGAGAAGUUGCGCCAACAGGUUGGCCUUUCUGAAAUGGUCGAAGAUAAGGCAUACGAUGAAGUAUCCAAUCUUUUUGGUGAAAAUUACAUGCAACUGCAAGUGAUUGUCCGCGACUUUACCGAGUAUACGACGCGAACUGAAGCCUUUGCCGAACAACUGCUUGAAUUCGUGCUGGCGUUCGACGGAAUGCUCGAUGUUUCCACGUCGAGCUAUCCUGAACAAGAGAGCAAGUGGCAUCAAUUCAAGACGACGGUGGUGGAAAUUCGUCAAGUGGCCCUCCCUGAACAUGUUCGUGAACCUCGCUAUCUCCCAGACUUUCUUUUCAAAAUUAAAACAAAGCUUGAGACUGUCCAAACAGCCGCCGUCGAACCUAUCAACCAACUUCUCCAGCUACAUGUCAAGCCGGCCAGAGCUAUGAAGCGACGUGAGAAGCGUCUUCUUGACCACGCUCGCUACCAGGUUGCCAUGGAGCGUGGAGACACUCCUGACAAGAAACUCAAGGAACAGGAAGCCCAUUUCGAGGCUCUCGACCAGACCUUGAAAGAGGAGCUGCCCCAGCUCUAUGAACUGUCACGAAAACUCGCUCAGGCUUGCCUGAGGAACUUCAUAGAAGCAAAAACAGACUGGCUUAGUGCGUUGCAAAAGAAGAUCGAGCCUCACGUCCAGGGAUUCCCGCCUGAUUUCCAGAAGAUCCUUGGUGAUUUCGGCGGGGAGCACAGCCUCGCGGAGUCCCAGAUUCUCUCAUUAGGCAUGUGUAACGGCUCCCUGUUGGCCGAAACCGUCAAUCUGGUUAAUUUCAAUACUCCGAGCACUAAUGUCCAUUCUUCCCGCCGUCCGUCGACUGUGAGCAGUCGCUCGAACCCUCGCCCUGGAUCCAUGGCGGAGGAUUCGCCCAAGGUGUCUCAUGACUACGGCGUUGGCCAGCUUUUCCAAUCUCCUCAUGUCGACAGCCAGUCUACCUUCAGCCGCACUCGUGCCAAUUCAUCCUUCUCCGGUCGAGUGCCCGCGCCGGAGACCCCAGACACCAGUCGCAGUCAGAUUCUGCAACAAGUGACCCAUGGUUCUGCGCCCAACACUCAAGCGAACAAGCGGACUGAUACCGAGCCUUUCCCCAGCCUCCCCAGACUCAGCCUGGAUACGCCUUUCCUUUCGGAAGUGAUUAACGCAUCGUCGUCCACUGAAAACAGCCUCCCCACCUCCCCUGGUGGCCGUUAUUCGGGCUUCUUCUCGUCGGCUAUGCCAAUGUCCGAUACCCCUAAUGAGGACAGUCGUGCCAGCGGAGAUCACCCCGUUGAACCUCGUGUCCUGUUCCUCGCAGCCAGCGUGGAGCAGUUUACUUUCGAAGGGGCUCGAGGUGAAGCAGGGUACCCGUACCUGACUUACGAGUCAGGCGAUGUUUUCGAUGUUAUCGGCGAAAAAGGUGAACUUUGGCUUGCUCGCAACCAAGACGACCCUACCCACCAGAUCGGAUGGAUCUGGAACAAGCAUUUCUCGAAAGUGGGCGCGUAA